AAGAAAUUUAAACAUUAAACUUACAUAAAGUGGAAAAAAGAAUGUUUAUCUAAAAAUAAUAUAAAAGUAUUUUUAGAUCACGUGACUUUUUACUUUGUAAGAAAAAGAAGAGGAAAAAAUAUAUUUUGCAGUUGGUUUAGGGAGGUGAUAAUCGCCAUUGGCCCAAGUUUAUUUAGAGAAUAUACGCCUUGAUGUUUGAAAAAAUAUUAACGUUUUGAAAAGCAGAAAAAAAAGAAAAAAAAUAUGAGGCCCAACCGGAAGUACAAUACAAUUAUGCAAAAAUUUGCGAGGACGACAACUAUGCAUGGCUUUCCAAAAGUUAUACAGACAAGAUCGAAGGCUGCAAAAGGCUUUUGGUUGAUAAUGUGUGCAGCUGCAGUAUCUAUGUUCGGAAUGCAAUUUUAUCAAUUAUUACACAAAUACUACUCAUAUCCGAAAAAAGUAACUGUCGAGAUUGUUCCUUCAGCCGUCUCUUUUCCAUCGAUAAGUCUGUGUAACAUGAGAAAUCUCGAUAUUAUGAUACUUAACAAACUUAAUAGAGUGUUUAUUAAUGUCACCAAUAUACUGCCGGUUCAUUGGUUGAAUGUAUCAGACGAUCCUUUUAUAAAUGAAUAUAUGAAAGUUGUCUCAAAAUAUUUUUUAACCUUGCAAAAGAAUUAUGAUAAAGGAGCGAGCAAAGUUUUCUCAGCAAUCUUAACAAGAACGUCUAUCGCUACGAAUAUCGAAAGGAAGCUAGUUGAAAAAGCGGGAGUACCUUUCAAAGAGUUUAUAGUCACUUGUCGAUUUGGGGGUAUUGAAUGCGAUAGAGAAAAAGAAUUUCGCCAAUUCUUUGAUCAUUAUUAUUAUAAUUGUUUUACUUAUAAUGCACCAUUACCGGAUCAUCCGGAAGCUACAUUGGCGGAAGGAAUUGAAAACGGGUGGAGUACGACUGUUCUUACUGGUUCUGGAAUGUUAGAAGUAAAUAAAAAUCCAAGGGUAAUCCCGGGAACUCAUGAAUGGUUAAGUCCAAUGUCAUCCUCUGAGGGUGUCAGAAUAGUUAUUCAUAGACCAUUUACUCAGCCCUAUCCCCAUACGGAGGGCUUCGACAUACCUCCAGGGGCUUCUGUUAGCCUUGCAGUAAAAGCACGAGACAAUCUUCGUAUUGGACCGCCCCACGGCAAUUGCACAGCGGAAGACCCAUUUGAUAGUCGAGGCGCUCCGUAUAGACUGAUUACUUGUCAAAAGAAAUGUGUUCAAGAACAAGUAGUUGCGAGAUGCGGAUGCAUCUCGCCUUAUUUACCGGAUCAUGAAAAGUACUUGAAUAACAGUAAAAUGUGUACUGUAGACGAUGAUCUGCCAGAAUUUUGUCGAAAUUCAUCCAGUGACAUAUGUUGGAAUGCGAUGAAAAGUAUGUUCAAAAGAGUUAUGUGCGCUAGAAAUGUAACGGCUGAAGUAACAAGAAAUGCAACAAAGAUGAGAAUGUGUGGUUGUUUCCCUCCUUGCAGAGAACUCACGUAUGAUGUUACAUAUUCUCUUGCUAAAUGGCCCGCAACUUCUUUUGACGGUGAAGAGGCCUAUGUUGACAUAACUGAAGUUGAAGGUUAUCCCGAACGUUUCAAAACAUCUGAAGACGCGGAGAAAAAUAAAGUGUACUCGAAAUAUUUUGGCCCUGAAAAUCGUUUUGAAGCCAUGAAAGAUUUUUCCAGAAUAAACGUUUAUAUUGCAGACGCUAACGUUGUAAAAACUGUUGAAGCUGAAGAUUAUAGUCAAAGUCAAUUGCUGUCUGACGUUGGUGGACAGUUAGGUCUAUGGGUUGGAAUUAGCGUUUUAACAUUGGCUGAAGUUUUGGAAUUAAUUACAAAACUUUGUAAAUAUUGUUAUCAAUCGUAUGGACCGUAUUCCCAAGGUUCUCACUUUUCAAGAGAUCCUUAUGUCUCAGAAACAACCAGAAUGAACGGUUCUCUUAAAUCUGAUAGAACAGAUAAUUUCAACAGAGUAUAGUCAUAUCUCAUCUUUCAAUAAAUGAACAUGUUAUAUACAAAAAUUGAUUACGCAAUUAACUUUAAAAU